AUGCAGGCUCCAGGGCCGUCCAUGCGUUCGAUGCAGCGACGCUCGCCCGGUGCCGACCCCGGCCCGCCGCCCACCAUCCCCGCGCGCUCCGUGUCGCCAGCCAUCGGCAUGGCCGGCCCCGUCCAGCCUCGCAACUCGACAGCGUCCAACCGGUCGACGGGCAGCAGCGGAGGCGGAGAAAGAGCCGUCGGCUCGGCGCCCCCUACAUCGUCAGGAAGCGUCAGUGGUGGCGCCAGGCGGACAAACUCAUCUGGCGGCUCCGCAAUGCCUCUGUCACAAAUAGAAAAGAGCGUCACGCACCUUCUCGUGGCCACCAAGUCCCUGCUAGAGACAUUGACGCAAUGGUCCCGCGGCCAGGCGACCGAUACGCAGGUGUCGGACGUCUACGUGCGCCUAGGCUACGAGUUCAACAUGGCCUGCCGCGCCUUCACUGCUAUUAACGUUGACACUAGCGACCUCGGCAACGUUCCCGAGAAGCUGCGUAGCAUCCUUGAGGCGACGCUGAGCCAGGAGGCCAGCGUCGAGAGCCUCGAGAACUAUUUGCCCAAGAUUCGCGACAUCAUAAUCAACCUCCUACACGGUCUCAAGCGGAAGCAGCAGAAACUACGCCAGCGUCAGCCGCGCGACAGGGAAAACGGCCAGCCGGGACAAGCAGAGGGAGCCGGCGUGAGCCGUGUUACCAGCACGAGCACAACGGGGAGCAACGGGACGGGCUUGAGCAGCAUGUUAUCCGAAGGCAUUGAGAAUGGAUAUCGACCCGAGCAGCACCCACCGUCGCAGUCCGCUCCCUCGCCAUCCAAAUCGACAUCCUCGCCGAGCCGUCGCCCCCCAAGCCAGCGUGACCCGUCCCAGUCCCGCAGCUCUGGCACUUCUGAUCAGUCGUCGCUGUCGAGCAACACGAUGCAAAGCAUCCCCAUCCUCCCUCCAUAUCCUGGGGACGAGACCAUACCUGUGCCGCCGCCAAUCCCGGACGAGACCGAGGCCAAUAAUUUCCCUCCGCCGCCUCCGCCGCCCAAGCAGCAGAGCGCACUUGCAGCACUACAGAGGGGUGGGGACCUAGAACGCAGGGCUUCGCGGAGAUACUCUGCCUACCAGAUAUCCAAGCACCUCGGCAAUGGCGUCAACAGCGUCCCCAUGAUGCCCCAGAUGGGGCCCAUCCCGAAUAGGGGCCGCGGCGACAUCAGGGAGUCGAUGCGCGCGGUGCAGGGCAGGGCAGACGCCCGCCACAACCGCAACGCGCCUAGCCAAAGCCGCGCAUUAGCAGGGGACUCGUCGCCCGCUCGCGUUCCGAGCCGGGUCUCGGAGGAGUCGGAUGUGGAGGCGAAGCGCAUAGGCUACCAAUUGACGGAUAAAGCAUACCCCGAAACCAGCGCAACGCUUAACGGGCCCCCGUCGGACGACUUCCUAGUCGGCGGGGUGCGCGAGGACGAGGAGCUGAUGCCGCAGAACGAGAAGCCUGAAGUGGCCUUGCCAUCUGCUCCUCCCGUUUCCGAAAAGCCAUCCACGCCAGAAAAGAAGAAGCAGUCAUUCUCGGCGGUACAGCCGUCACCAACACCCAGCAAUAAGGAGUUGACUCUAUUCCUGCAAUACAAGUCCAAGGUCAAGAAAUUCGUGCUGGCAGAAGGGCACAGCGAGCUCUCGAUUGGGCGACUGCAGCUUGCAUUCAUAGACAAGUUCUCAUGGAACACGCAGCACAAUGGCGUGGACCUCCCCGAGAUAUACAUUCAGGAUCCUGUCUCGGGUGUGAGGCACGAGUUGGAGGACCUCGCCGACAUCAAGGACCGGACGGUGCUUGCGCUCAAUGUUGAGCCGCUGGACGAGGUCAAGCGGCACAUAGACGAGGGGCUCGGCUCCCUCAAGCAAAUGGUCCGUGAGGUCAAGCAGAACGUAGACGACCACUCAACCGCGCUUGCCCGGGUGUCGGACCGACAGCAGGAGGCAGCCAAGGAGAUAGCGCGGAUUGCUAGCGCGCCACUACAGGCACCCAUGACCCCGCCAGCCGACCACUCGCCACGGUCGUCGGCAACGACAGCUGCGGCUGUGCCGCGCGGCAAGGCCAACUCGAGCCAGCUGACGGAGCUGCGCAACCUGCGUCGCGACCUGGCCGUGAUUCGGCAAACAUACUCGACUUUCCAGUCGGACAUGGAGGGCUCUAUGGCAACGCUGCGGGCCAAAGCUAACAACGUCAAGGUCGCAGCAGCCAAGGCAUCGGUGCCAGACACGGAGGGCGGCGGCGGACAGGCGUAUGUGAUCAAGGGGCGCAAGCAGCUCAGCACCGACUCGGACCGGUUGGUGGGCAAGGUGGACGACCUCCAGGACAUGGUGGAGGACUUGCGCAAGGACGUUGUGCACCGGGGUGUGCGGCCGCUGCCGAGACAGCUGGAGACGGUGGGCCGGGACAUCCAGGGACUAACGCAGGAGCUGCGCAAGAUGGCCGAGUACAUGAAGCGCGAGAAGCCACUCUGGACCAAGAUCUGGGAGAAGGAGCUCGAGGACGUGUGCCAAGGCCGCGAGGAGCUGCGCAUCAUGGAGGACCUGGUGAUAGAUCUUCAGGACGACCUCGAGAAGGCGUCAGAGACGUUUGGGCUUGUGGAGCAGGCCACAAAGGAGCAGAUGAAGGACAGCGGAGCCGACGCCACGGCAGGCCCGCCGGUUCCGGGCGUAAACCUCCUCUCGAGGCAGUUCUCGCGAGGGCUGGAGAACAUUGUCAGCAACACGGCCGUGGACCCGAGCACGGCAAAGGAGGGGGUCCUGGGCGAGGUGCGGGCGCUGCGGCCAAACCACGAGAACCGGCUCGAGGCCAUCGAGCGGGCCGAGAAGAUGCGGCAGCGCGAGCUCGAGUCGCGCAAGGGCAACCCUCUCACCGAAGAGCUCACCGAGUUCGUGGGCGAGGGCAAGCUCAAGAAGUCGGGCGGCUUCGAGGAGGUGGAGCGGGCGCGCAAGGCCCGCGACGACCGCAUCCGGCGCGAGGUCUGGGAGCGUCAGAACGGCAUCAUACCCGAGGACCCCGUCGGCGAGGAGGCAGCGGAUGCGGGCGACGGCGAAGACGAUAGGCUCAACGGUAUGGAGGGCGGCGAGGGUGCUGCAGUAAAUCCUGCGCCUGGCGCGGCUUAA